AUUUGCUUUGCGAAUAUCUUGCCGCAUAAGUCUUUUCCAUCAUAUCAGCAACAAGAAAAGUAGGGUUCAGUAUAAAGUUGUGUAAGCAUAUGUCUUUAGUUCGUUUCUUAUUUCAUUAUAAAAAGCAUUCUUAAAACAUUAUAAGAAAUCACCAUUCUUUCUCUCCCAUAUUUGCCAAUAUUAGUCAUUUAUUUACUUCAGUUAUCUGCAAAGAUGGUACUUUUAUUUAAGUCAUGGCCAGUUCUUAACACAAUGGCAACUUAUGGAAUUUUGUGGACUGCAUCCGACAUCAGUCAAGAGUUGUUUAUAUCAAAGAAAGAUCAUGUCAAUUGGAGCAAGACAGCUCGGAUUGCUACCACAGGAACCUUUGUUAUUGCGCCAAUAGUUUACACUUGGAUUCAUUUAGCAGAAUGGUUGUUACCUGGCAAGGCCUUGACAACUGUGAUGAAGAAAGUCAUCGCAGACCAGGUCUUUUUUGCUCCUAUUGGCAUCAGCAGUUUUUACUUAGCAACAGGUGUUUUGGAAGGACGAAGGGACUUGACAGAACUGCGUACCAAGUUUAAGAAGACAUAUCUGACAGGUAUGAUGUUCUGGCCAGGUAUUCAGAUGGUUAACAUGCGUUAUAUACCACAGCCAUACAAACCUAUUGUGACUGGAUGUGCAUCAUUUGUAUGGACAAUAUUUCUAUGCUACAUGAAGGAGCCUGAUGUUCAGAAGGAAGAAAUGGCUACACCACUUUUGCAAAAGGAUUGAUGUUAAAGCAACUCAUUAUUGCUUCAACCAUAUGGGCAUAUUAUUCAGAAAGUCCACGAACUAAUAUCAAUCUACGUCCAUGGAAAGUGUUAUUUUUUUUCUCAAGAUAGGGCCAUGUAAAUGUGAAUGUUGCAUGCAAAAUGCUAUGUACACUAUAGGUGCUGAUACUGUGAUACAUUAUAUAAGAGCUCUAUGCAUUUAGUUUUUGAUUAUCUCUUCACAUUAGUCUGUAAAAAGCAUUUGACAUUGUCAGAAUAUUAAAAAGAUCUGAUAUCAUCAAGGACAAACCAUAUUUAAGUAUAAUCAGUGAUUCCAUGGAUCUCUGCACUACCUAAUCUGUGAACUGCAUAUGGUAAUAUUUAUUUUUGUUGUUUUCCAAUGAUAUUACUUUAUAUAUAUUUUGAUAUUAUACAUAUUUACUCUAGUGCAAUAGAUGUUCAAUCACUGUAAAUUAUUAAAUGAAAUUGAGAUUGCAUUAAAUGCAAAAAGAUUUAUAUUCAAGUUCACAUUCCAUUCCUUACACAAUUAUGUACUAAGACCCAGAUGCACAGCAAUUUUCCAGAUUACAAGAUUUUAAACUUUUAUUUUUUGGUUUUAUUAUUUUCUUUUGUAGAUUGAUUAAUCAUGCAAUUCUGAGUGGAUUCUGCACAAAUUGACAAAUAACUCUUCAGAAUAUAUUUCUACUAC